GUGGAGGAGCUGGUCAGAAACUGGCCAGGAGCGGACGGCAGUGAAGGAAUCUCCAAACUUUUCCAACACACAGUUCCAUAGUCUGUGUUACUAUUUAACUUCUCCUACGGCUUGUCAUCGUAAGUGAAAAAUAACGGGUUCGUUGCCGUACUUUGUGUGUCGGUAAUGAAGUGAAUGCCACUCACCGCAUGGAAGAAGCAAAGUAGCGAGUGGAAAAACUUCUGGAGUGAUGCCCGAGCGACUGCAUCCCUCCCUCCAAAGUUCAGCUAAGGUGGCUAACAUUAGCUAGCGCAGGACUCGACUCGCUGAUAUAAAAGUUAAUAGGAUAAGAUAAACGUUUGUAUUUACGCCAAAACACCUAGUAACACAAUGACUAAUGUAUUGGCAAAGCGUCGUGAGGAUAGUUAAUGCUUGAGGCAAACUGAACCGCUUUCAUCCUUGGCUUGUUAUCUUAGCCCGGACCAAGUUACACUAUCAAGCUAAUCAUUUUUUUUUAGCAAAGUAGAGCUAGCUGGUAGACUGCUAGCCUAUGUGAAGUGAAGUUAACGUGAGGUAAAACUCUGAGAAAUUACACAUUUCUCGUUUAUCUCCAACAUGAAAACACUGCUGUAUUGUUUUAACUUUUCUGGAAACUGAAAGUUAAUAUAUGGACCAAUGGUAGAACCACUUGAGGACAUGUACAUAGAUGAUAACUCUUCUGACUAUAGCAUGAGAAAGUAAUGUAAAAGCCCGGAUGUACCUACGCAUGUCAUUAUUACUACAUUGAAUUGUGGAAGUCAGUGGAAAUGUCAUGGACAGACUGUUAUUAGAAAAUAGCUUUACUGACUCUGGACCACUUUGAGACGUUCUUCAACCAUCCCUGCCACUUUAUUAAGACUUUCUGAAGGACAUACUGCGGUUUGGAGCCUUCCUGCAUAGUUAUCACCUUUAUUCAUCACCCACAUCCCGAGGGUCUGCAUCUUGGAUGAAGAGGAGAGUGCUAUGAUGAAGGUGACGGUGACAUUUGGGCAGACAGGUGUGGUGGUGCCCUGCAAGGAGGGGUGGACUGUGAGGGACCUCAUCCAGCAAGCCACGCAGAGAUACAGAAAACUCCUCGAACAGGAAGGAGAUUUCCUGGUCAGGACUCACCAUGUUGAAUACUGUGAUGGGGGGAUCCUGGACCCCGAUGACAUACUCAGUGAUCUGGUAGAAGACAAGGACAAGCUGAUGGCGGUGUAUGAGGAGCAGGAAGCCCAGCAAAGGGGUGUGGCUAACACAAGGUUAGCGCCGAGCCCAGAUGUCUACCAAUCAGAGCUCUCCGUCUUCCAGCCAAUCGCAGGGGGAGAGAUUGAAGUCAAUUCCUCCGUCCUCAAGUCCAACACCCCCCUGUUGGUGAGAAGCAGCAGUGACUCAGCGCUGAGCCCCCAGCCGACAGACUCUGAACCCCCCCUCAGUGAGGACACCACCGGGAUGGCGGCAAGUCCAGCUGUGGAAAAAGCAGCAGGGGUAGACCGACCCCCCAGCAAACACACCUCCAACGACAGCCUGACUAGAACAGUGGAGAUCCUGGGAGACGACAGUCCUCUGGGAAUCCACGUGGUCCCUUACAGCUCAUCCCUCAGUGGACGGUCUCUCGGUCUGUUCAUCCGUGGAGUGGAGGAUGAGAGCCGCUCACGAAAGGAAGGCCUGUUCCAAGAGGACGAGUGCAUAGUCAUGAUCAACAACAAGGACCUCAUGGACAAGACCUUCAGCCAAGCUCAGGAAGUGUUCCGUCAGGCGAUGCGCUCCCAGGUUGUCCGCUUGGAAGUAGUUCCCUCCUCCAACAGAGAACGCUAUGAAAAGAGUUUUAUUGGUCAGCUGAUUGGAAACAAUGCCGGUCCAGACAGCAGCCCUCGGGUGGCCAAGUCCAAACCACCGCCUCCCCCCAUCAAAGCCAAACCUGUGUUCAAGCCCUCUGAGAAUCCAGCCAUGCGAUUGGCAGAGGAAGCUGCCUCCACAGAAGCUGCUGUUAGUACACCCAAGGGAAGGAGUGAGAGCCCCUCUCUUAAGAAAGGACCUGUUCUCUCAAGCCUGGUGACCAAUAAGAAAGCAGGACGAAAACUGAGGAUCGAUCUGAAGAAAGGUUCAGAAGGUCUGGGUUUUACCGUUGUAACCAGAGAUUCUUCCGUCCACGGUCCUGGUCCUAUUCUGGUCAAAAACAUUCUGGCACGUGGAGCCGCUGUCAAAGAUGGACGCUUGCAGUCUGGAGAUCGCAUUCUUGAGGUCAACGGUGUGGAUACCACAGGUGUGGGCCAGGAGGAGCUGGUGUGUAUGCUCCGCAGCACGCGACAGGGAGAGAGUGUGUGUCUUGUGGUCCUACGGCAGGAAGACAUGUUCCUGCCCCGAGAGAUGAAGGACGAAUUGUCCCGUGUGACUGGCUUUGUUCUGGAGAGCGGUAAGGAGCAGCUCAUGUUUGAGGUGCCUCUUAAUGAUACCGGCUCGGCAGGCCUGGGCAUCAGCCUCAAAGGAAACAAGUCCAGGGAGACCGGAGAGGACCUGGGAAUAUUCAUCAAAUCCAUUAUACAUGGAGGGGCAGCAUACAAGGAUGGUCGACUGCACGUCAACGACCAGAUGAUGGCAGUAAACGGAGAGUCGUUGCUAGGGCGCUCCAAUCACGUGGCCAUGGAGACGCUCCGCCGCUCUAUGUCACAGGAGGGAAACGUUAGAGGGAUGAUCCAACUGGUGGUGCUGAGGGCUCUGAAGGAUCAACUUGGGGUGUCACCCAAUCGCUCAUUCGACAGCUCCUCUGGUCUGAUGGGUCCAGUGAACGGUCACUCCAUGGUGAACAACUCUCUCUAUGCAUCUCAUGUGACCAAUGGGAGUUAUUCUUACAUGGACGAUGACGAGGAUGCAGAGCUGUACGGUCAUGAAACAGAGUUCAGCAGCUCCACCCAACACUCCUAUCUGCACGAGAGGGAAAACUCUCACAGCUCCAGCCAGGCUCAGCCCCAGUCUCCCCCCCAGAACCAGAUCCAGAUCCAGCAGCAGUACCAGCACGUGAAAGCCUCCAAGAGCAUGGACCUGGGUACGACUCAGAACCAGCAGCACUCUGUGGCAGACGAGAGCAACGUCGGAUCCCUGGUUGGAUAUACUGAAGCUCUAUCAUCUCCUGUGGAACUCGGCCCCACCCUAGGCUUAAAGAAGUCCAGCUCCUUGGAGAGUCUCCAGACCGCCAUGUCCGAGGUUAACAGGAAAAACGAGCUCCUCCCCUUCCACCGGCCUCGCCCAAAUAUGGUCAGAGGACGAGGCUGCAACGAGAGCUUCCGAGCAGCUAUCGAUAAAUCCUACGAUGGGCCAGCGGAGGAUGAUGAUGAUGAUGAUGGUUCUGAGCCCAGUUCAGGCCGGGACACUCCUGCAAGUAGUUCAUCCCGCCAGGGGACGGGGGAGGGGACAGAGGAGAAAGGCAAGAAAGACAAGAAAAAGAAACCCAAAACAAAGAAGAAAGACAAGAACAAAGGGAAGGGAAAGGAGAAAGAGAAGAAGAAAGCAGAGGAGCCCGAGGAGACGGAGAAGAAGAGCAAGAAAAUAGGCUUUGGCCUUCUGAGAUUUGGCAAGAAAAAAGAUGAGAAGAAGGAGGCGAAAGCAGCUCUACAGCGACAGAAGUCAGACGUCCUGAGUGAUCAUGAGCUCGAGAGGAUGAAAGACGAGAGAGAAAGGAUCGAGGCGGGGCAUCCUGAGUUGCGGCCCAGAGACCAGCAAGUUGGCGGGACAUCCUAUCCAGAAUUUGAAGAUGAUGACGCAGACCCCAACUACGCCCGAAUACAGACCUUCAGGGACCGUGAUGCGGCUCCGUUGCCGCAGCCACCAUCUCAGUCACCUCCCUACAGUACCAUUCAGCACGCCCAUGCUGCCAACCCUCCCCCCCAAGGCCCUCCUGUCUUCCCAGGACAUGCAAAUCACAUCAACGACCCUGGAGCCAUUCCUGAUGACGACCCCCUCGAUAGGCUGUACGCCAAAGUCAAUAAACCGAGGGGAGCUGGAACUACAUCUCCUCCUGUCUCUGCUACUGCCAACGACAGUGUGGACAGGAUCCAGCAGCUAAGAAGAGAGUAUCAGCAGGCGAGGAGAGAAGGAAGUGUGCCGCCGUAUGAAGAACCAGACUUACGACGCAGAGGACAUGAGAACGAAGUACACAGGAUGCCGGUCAGAGCGACAGAUCCUCGGUUGGCACCACGAUAUGAAGAAGUGGAACGUCAGUACGCCUCAUUACCAAGACGAGGCCCAAUGGAUCCAGCGGACUACCCCAUGCAGCCCUGGGCAGGUCAUUACCCCGGACCCCCCCAGGCCCCACAGGGAUACCCUCAGUCCCCAUCCUACCCUAACCCCAACUCCCAGUCGGCCCCGUCCUACCCUGGCUACCCGCCUGGUCAGCCAUAUCCCCGGCAGGUUGACCCCCGGGGCGUUGACCCCCGGGGCGUCGAUCCCCGGCCUUUCGACCCCCGGGGCGUUGACCCUGGGUACCACCCCCACCCAAGCUCCCAGCAGAGAGGCCCCUUGCGGCAGGACGUGCCCCCGUCUCCUACCCCUCCAAUUCGUGGGCUGCGCUACGACACUAUGACACGUGCAACAACGGGUGGGGGUUACAGGCACAUGGUGGAUCCCGGUCCAGACCAAUAUGGCUACCCUGGGGAGGGAGGGCGACAGCAACACCAAAACCAAACCAACCCAAGACAGAAGAAUGCCAUGACAGCAGCUGUGUAGACGAAUCAGGUCCAGCCAUGAGAAUGAGCAGAAUGCUAAUUGCUUUGUUUGCGGUACUCCAAUGACAUAGAGUUGAAACCUCUAAUUUGAAUCACUAUUAUUAUCAAACAUUCUCUACGCCGUUUGAAGUAUAUGGUAAUACACAGAAAGGUAAAGGAGGUUAAUUAUAGAGUGGCUGGCAUAAUGUCUUCUUGUUUGAAGUCUUUUAAAUUGAUUUGAGCCUUCCUGCCGUAUACAAUUAGCAGGGUUUUUACUUUGCAAUGUACUCUGAUUUAGUCGUCUCUUUCAAGAAUCAGACAGAGCCACAAAGGUAAUUGGUUCCAUUUGAAUCAAGGCGUUACAUAAAGCUCUACAUUUUUUUAUUGCACCUCGUGGUUUUACUGCUGCCGCACAAACAGGACAAAAGAUAAUAGAUUCUAAAGUACAAUAUAGCAUUGCUUUGUGGUCUUCUAUCUCCAUUCAAACAUCUAAAUGACACAUUCUAGCAUCAGUGUUCUUGUGCAAUAAAGCCAAAUGUAAAGACUAUUUAGAGUGUUUCCAAUAAAGUGGCUGUUAGUCUCCUCAAGUUGAGAAGUAGAAGAUGAUGUUGAAAAUGUUCCAAAAAUCCCAUAUCUAUUGUCAUUUCAUGUCAUUCUACCACUUAGGUGUGUUUUUGAAUAUUUCACUUUAUUUUGAGUGACUUCUUCAAUGAAUGAAACUUCUUGGAUUACAUUUUCCAAGUCAUCAGUAAUCAAUUCAUGGUACAACCUGUGUUUAUUGAAUCUAUCCAAUGUGACCUGAGUUUUGCUUAAUUAUGUCAGGCAAUAAAUUCAGGGUCACUGUUGAACCUUUAUCAAACCACUACAAUCGGCCUUUUGGUCAUAUCUCAGUCUUGUAGCAGGCUUUAUGUGAUGGAAUAUUGACGAUUGCAGAACCGAUAGGUUAACGAAAAACCAACAGGACAAACAUUAAGUCUCUGGGGGCAACUGACCCCCAGAGACUAGGUAUAGUCUAAUAAUAUCUGGGCUAAGAUCUAUUCUUCCAUGCGCUACUCAGAGUUUUAGUAAAAUGGGAUUCAACGAGGGAGUUAAGAUAUGACAUCUACGACUGGAUUGUUUGAGAAAUAGCCAAUUAUCAAGCAAAUAAAAAGCUCUAUUGUUGUCAGAUAAAUGCCGAUGAGUUCCCCAGAUUAAGUUUCAGACGAUGCGUUCUGCAUAUUUUUACUUCUGCCUGGAAUAUUUACCUGCAUGCAACCAGAGCCUAAUCAAACAUCAACGGGAAAUACCACUAGGACUCAAACCGGAAACCAGAACCCUUCCGUUACCAGUAUCUCGUCCAUUCUAAUCUGAAGAUCAAUAUUCAGAUAUAUCUUCAAAAACUUUAAUGAUUUAGAGAUGUUUGUACUGUUAGGUAAACCACUGCUGGGUAAACCAGGCAGAAAAGGUAAUCAUGUAACUGACCAGUUGUCAGUGCUCAUCUUCCCUCUGUAUUACUUAGCAGCCUCUUUUUCUCGUUGUCUGUGUAUGCCAUGUACUGUAGUUCGGUGUGAUGGAUGGCACAUCUCUGUAACCUGGUGGUGUAGGCGUCACCGCGUGGUGGAGUGCUUACAAGUCCUGUUGAAACAUGGAUUGAGCUCCAGAGUGCUCUUCUCAGCACUGCACCACAGAGUAUAUCCAUUUAGCCACUUACUCUACCAUCAAUUAAGUGAAACCAAGAGUGAGAGUCCAGCUCACCAUUUCUGUGUUUCGCUCUACAAAGCUCAGCAGUAUUCAUUUCAAUGGAGAUUAAAUGUUUAAAAUGACUUUUCAGGAUUAGGUGAAUUGCAUUUUAUGAGAUGAGGGUGAAACCCACUGUAGUGAAUGUAACAAUAGGCGCUUUCACACCAAGUACUUUUCCUAGGAAUAGUUCCCGGAACAUAAUUACCCGGAACUCUUUAGUUCCGGAACUAUCUAGUAGAUCGCGUUCACACCGGAAUAAAUCCCUGAGGGAGGAUUACGCAAAUGAAGCCGCUGACGUCACUUAUUCUUCUUCUGCUUUGGGAUUACUGGCAGGCCGCAAACAACUUCACGGCGUAUACUGCCACCCGAAGUCCCGGAGUCCGAGAGGCAGUAAAUCGCCACCCGAAGUCCCGGGUAAAUCGCCAGAAGCGCCAACACCUCCUCAACACUCCGGCACUCCCACGUUUUAUUUUGUGUUGCUAUAAAUUAGUCUCUCUCCGUUGGUGCGCUGGGCUAAUGCUAAUGCGAGCAAAUAAAAUGGCGGCUUCACAAAACUUUUCGGAGUUUUACGGGGCGUGGUUUACAAUUCGCCCAGAUAUUGGAACCUUUUCCUCCCCAGGAAAGUACCACCUCUCUAGCAGGGAGUGAAAAGGGGUGAAAAGGUUCCCGAAAAGAAGUUCUAGUUCCAGAUCUUUUUGGUGUGAACGCAAAAUCCCAGGAACUAUCGAAACUAUUCCUGGGAAAAGUACUCCGGUGUGAAAGCACCUAUUGAAGUAAUUUGACCGAACCCCAUGCAGAGAAAUGUAAAGUAGAUUUUGUCUUAAACCAUCUCAAUCCAUGAUGGUUUGACAGGUCUGAUAGGAAAGAAAAAAGAUGAGAAAGAUGAAAAGAAAGGAAAAGUAUCGACAGGUAGAGAAGCAAUGAUAUUACAAUGAAGCAAAAGGAUGUAGGGAAGAAAUAACGAUUAAAGAAAGACGUGAUAAACUAAAAGUAUGCAUGGAGGGAGGUGGAAUAAAUCGUAAAACAUGUGCAGUGCCAUAAAGUCCAAAGUCUUUGGGUCCAUAAGGGUUUGAUUCAGAGGGUUUUUAAAUGAGAACAAAGCAGAGAAAAGAUUAAAAGUUCAUAAAUAUUUGGGCGGCAGUUGUUCUGCAGUAGGAGGAGGGUUACAGGAGUGGGCUUUAUUGAUUGUAUGAAGUUACUUUGGGAAUUACUUAAUGUGUGUGUUGUCAAGAUGUUAUAACUUUUCAGUACCAGUACUGAAAUCGAAAUUCAAAAUAGUAGUGAAAGAACAAUAAUAAACCACAGUUUAAGGAGAUUGGUCAGAUGUUCAAGUUAACAGAAACCACAUCCAAAUUGUUCACAUGCCUCGUUAGAUCAUUCUCUCUCUUGCUUAGUCAUUGUUUUUUUACUAUGAUAUGAUAGAAAGCAGAGAAAAAGCUGUACAUCUCCAUAUUUCAAUUAUUGAAACAGUCUGACAUUUUUGCUUGAAACAAUUACUUUAUAAUAUGAUGACAAAUAUGUUUCUGUCAAUUGAACAGUCAAUUAGUCUUCCUAUUUUCUUAGCUCUGAGGCCAUAUAAUACAUUAACCCAUAAAUGUACAUUUUAAAAUGGUGAUUAAAUGUUAAAACAUUAACACUGCACUGAAAUGAUGAAAUCCCUUGUUUUACACUCCAGGGACCUUCAGUGUUGAUAAUGAGAUUUUUUAAAUAAUCAUUUACAUUGAGGAAUUAAAAUGUGCUAGUCUGUAGCCAAUAUACCAAAAAGAGGUUUGUUCAUUACCAAAAGGUCAACUAUAUUACUUUAGAUUAUCGUAGCUGUUUAUAUGCAAUACAGCAUAUUAUGAAGCAGCAGAGAAAUGAUCUGCUUGGGUCACAUGGACAAUUUUGCUGUUAUCAUUCCAAAAUGUUUUGCACCACUUUUUGACAGAAAGAUGGAAUAUGUAUUUUUAGCCGUGUGUAUCUGAAUGCUGGGUAAAGCUUUGCAUAGCUGCAGUUUAUUGAAUGUGAACAUUACAUUAUCCUUUGUUACCGGUACGCAAUUUUGCAUAUAUAUUACUCUUUGAACGCAUUUAUUUGUGUAUGUAUUUCUUUUUUAUGAUAGUCAGGGUUGUUGGAGUGUUGAGUUACCAUGCUACUGCAAGAAACCACCUUUAUUUCAGUUAUUUUAGUUUUCCCUCAGUAUUGUAUAAGCAAUUUACAUGAAAAAUAAUCAACUUUACAGGUCAAUUUCAACUUUAAUUAGGAAGAAAACACAUAUUGGUACUUUGCAUAGCAUGGAUAACAUCAAACUCUUAGUUUUUUGGCAAUACAUAGUAUGAGUUGCACAAGCUGAAGGUACUACCCAGUCUCCUGGAUGAACAGUUCUGGUACUCCUAGUAUGAAGAAGCCAACUUAAAAACAUCUAUCAUAGAAGUAUAACAUGUUUUUAUUAAACUGCUUUUAUCCAAAAAAA